UUGAUACACAAUUUCGCGACCGCUAAGUUAGCUCGCAACUGUUGAAUAAUAAUAAUAAAAAAUUGUUGAAUAAUAAUAAUUUAAACGCACAAAAAAUCUAAUCUUGCUUCAAGAACAAACAAAAAGAAAAUGAUCGUCUGGCAUUAUCUGUACAAAAUGCAAAUAAUAAUUGGAUGUUGCUGUUUAUGUACGAACGCCACGAAGAGUAAUGACAGCUGUCAUUGCGGUAGUAAAUUGAAUCGACAGGUGAUCUUUAGUACUCGCAAAGAAGAUUACUGUACCGCGAACGGUUCUAAGAUCAAUGCGUCAGUUCUCCGAAAUGAACGGAAAAUCGAAAAUAUGGUCAGGAUUGACGCUGGUGUCUAUUUCGUGGGAACGAACAAUCCGGUAUUCGUGGCGGAUGGAGAAGGACCGAAACGUCAGGUAGCAUUAGACAGCUUCUACAUAGACAAGUUUGAGGUGAGCAAUGAGGAAUUUGCAACUUUUGUAAAUGUCACCGGAUAUACAACGGAAGCAGAGAGUUUUGGAAAUUCUUUUGUCUUCGAAAGUUUCUUGACGCAAAGUACAAAAGACAAAAUUAAGGAGAUGGUUAUGCUGGCUCCUUGGUGGCUGCCUGUGAACGAAGCCUCCUGGCAACAUCCAGAAGGUCCUGACUCAAAUAUCACUUUCAGAAUGGAUCAUCCUGUUGUUCAUGUUUCCUGGAAUGACGCUGUGGCUUACUGCAGUUGGAUGGAAAAGAGACUGCCUACCGAAGCAGAAUGGGAAGUUGCUUGUCAAGGUGGACUUUCCGACAGACUUUAUCCUUGGGGAAAUAAACUGAUGCCAAAAGAGCAGCACAAAGCCAAUAUUUGGCAAGGCAAUUUUCCAAUAAAAAACACAGAAGAAGACGGAUAUAAGGGCACAUCGCCGAUUACAAUGUUUCCGCAAAAUAAAUAUGGCCUACAUAAUAUUGUUGGAAAUGUUUGGGAAUGGACAGCUGAUUGGUGGAUAACUAGGCAUUCACAUGAUUUACAAAAAAAUCCUAUUGGUCCCUUUAGUGGUUCCGACAAAGUGAAGAAAGGCGGUUCCUAUCUUUGUCACAAAAGUUACUGUUUUAGAUACAGGUGUGCCUCGCGCAGUCAAAAUACACCUGAAACGUCAGCUGGAAAUUUAGGUUUCAGAUGCGCCUUAUCAGCAUAAAUGAGAAGUAUUGUACUGAAGCUUACAGAUAAAAAAAAAAUAUCGCCAUCAAAAAAAUUAAUGAAUACGAAGUUGUAAAGUAAAAUAAUGAUGUAUAU